AUGUCUGCAUUUACUAAAUGGACGACAUCAGAACUCCUUGUAUUAUUUGAAGCUAUUCAAUACUGUCAACGUACGAAUCAAGACGAUUGGGAAUAUGUUUCAAAUUUAGUUAAAAGAACAAUGAGUGAAACAGGAAUGACAAUGAAUGAAAAAUAUAACAAAUAUGGAUGUGCCUCUCAAUAUAAUGAAUUUGAAAUACAAUAUCGUACUCUCGCUAGUGAUAAGAGUAUUGUUGAUUUUGCAGUUAAUUUCCUAAGAGAAAAACGUGUUGCUGAAUUAGAAAAAGAAAUUAGAGAAAGAGAAGCCCAUAUUAAUGAAUUAAAGUCUCACCUUGCUUAA